UCAGGCCAAUACCACCCCCACCACCACCAGCACUACCACCACUACUACCACCACCGCCAUAAGCCAUUUCAGCAUCAUCAGGGCCGUUAGUAGCCAGCAUCCAACAUGUCAUUCAUAGCCAAAUUGAAAGCCACGCCAUUGCCGCCCCUGAGAAACAUACUCAAUGUGGCCGUGCAAACGGCCCGACAGCAAAUUCCAGAGCGCAAGGAUUACGAGCAACCGCCGGGGAGCACCGCCCAGCAGCACCACCACAGCCAGCAGGCCCAGCACAAGGCCAUGGAGGCGGGCAUGGACGGCGGAGACACCACCGAGAUGAGCUCGAAUCCCUUCCGGAACGCCGGUAGAUGGACGAACGAGGGAGAGGGCGACGGUGGAGGCGAUGGCGAGUACAGGAACGAGUACCAGAGCACAUCCUUCAAUGAGUACGACGGCAGGUAUCAGCAAACGGACGGCUUUAGGCAAGGUAGCAUCGCCUCCGAGGGAAGCUCAUUUGUAUGCGAGGGAGAAGGUGGCGGCGGCUGCAAAAUCGACGAGUUCCAGGCGGCCUGGAACGUGACCAACGCCAUUCAGGGCAUGUUCAUCGUAUCGCUGCCCUUCGCCGUGCUCCAUGGCGGCUAUUGGGCCAUCGUGGCCAUGGUGGGAAUAGCACACAUCUGCUGCUACACGGGCAAGGUCCUGGUGCAGUGUCUAUACGAACCGGAUCCGGCCACGGGGCAAAUGGUGCGAGUGCGCGACAGCUAUGUGGCCAUAGCCAAGGUAUGUUUCGGACCCAAAUUGGGCGCCCGGGCAGUGAGCAUUGCCCAGCUCAUCGAGCUUCUGAUGACCUGCAUCCUGUACGUGGUGGUGUGCGGCGAUCUAUUGGCCGGAACGUAUCCGCAGGGCUCGUUCGACUCGCGUUCCUGGAUGCUGUUCGUGGGCAUAUUCCUGCUGCCCAUGGGUUUCCUUAAGUCGCUGAAAAUGGUAUCAACGCUCUCGUUCUGGUGCACAAUGUCGCACAUCGUGAUAAACGCCGUGAUACUGGGCUAUUGCCUGCUGCAGAUUGGCGAUUGGGGUUGGUCCAAGGUCCGAUUCAGCAUCGACAUGGAGAACUUCCCGAUCUCACUGGGCGUGAUCGUCUUCUCGUACACCUCGCAGAUCUUUCUGCCCACGCUCGAGGGCAACAUGAUUGACCGCUCCAAAUUCAACUGGAUGCUGGACUGGUCUCACAUAGCGGCUGCUGUGUUUAAGGCCGGAUUCGGGUAUAUCUGCUUUCUGACCUUCCAGAACGACACGCAGCAGGUGAUUACCAACAAUCUGCACUCGCAGGGCUUCAAAGGCAUGGUUAACUUCUUCCUGGUCAUCAAGGCCCUUCUUAGCUACCCCUUGCCAUACUAUGCUGCCUGUGAGUUGCUCGAGCGCAACUUCUUUAGAGGUCCGCCAAAGACAAAGUUUCCAACCAUCUGGAAUCUGGACGGGGAACUGAAGGUUUGGGGUCUGGGCUUCCGCGUCGGCGUCAUUGUGUCCACCAUACUGAUGGCCAUCUUCAUUCCCCACUUCUCCAUUCUGAUGGGUUUCAUUGGCAGCUUCACUGGCACAAUGCUCAGCUUUAUCUGGCCUUGCUAUUUCCACAUCAAGAUCAAGGGGCACCUGCUCGAUCAGAAGGAAAUAGCCAAAGACUACCUCAUCAUUGGGCUCGGUGUGCUCUUCGGCGUUAUUGGUAUCUACGAUUCGGGCAAUGCCCUGAUAAACGCAUUUGAAAUCGGUCUUCCAUUUUAAAUUGAAUGUAAACUAAAUAAUCAAAAGAUUCUUAUUUAUGAUUCUCGACACUUUUGGGCUUGGCAAGUCUUCCAGAUGCUUUGCCAUCAUUUGGCUGUGUCCAAAAUGUCGAGGACUGAGUUAAUAAUAUCAUACAUGCGAAACGAAAUUAUAAAACAAUAAUGUUAGUCAGUAAGAAACGAAACGCAAGUCUUCCAAACAAGCGAAAAAAUGUCUUCCAAACGAAAGUAAUAUUGAUAAAUGAUAUACAAAAUAAAUAAAUUAAGAGAAAAGAUGAUUAUAUAAAUAUACAUAAGUAUGUAUGUACGAAUAUGAGAAGAGAAAUAUUUAUUGUGUUAAUAUGCAUUAUAAGAUAUAGACAAAUUGAACAGAGUAAAACGAUAAACUGCAAAUGUACACCAUUAUACAAAUGCAAAACAAAACAAAGUGUAUGAGUAUGUUAUAGAUAGAACUCAUUGUUUAUAUAUAGCCAAUCGGAUUUUUUUAACGUUUAAAUAUACAGUUACCUUUACAUACUAGCCCUUAAAACGACACUAGCAUCUUUUAAACUCUCAAUAAAGACAUCAUCUCCAGUUGAUCCCAAAUAA